AUGACUUUCAAUGCGAAAGCCUCUUGUUUGCCCAACUCACGUGCUGUCUCCAUGUUGCGGCGGGCGUGGCUGAUGGCUUCCCUGAUGUGGAUGGCUGUCGCACCCAAGUUCGCCUUGGCAUACAGAGUCCAUGAAGAGGAAGAGUUGACUGAAUUGACACCGGGAAAGAAGUGGUAUGUCGAGGAAUCAGAAGUGACCAAGGAGAAGCUCUUUGAAGACCUCGGCUGCUAUUGCAAGAAGGUGCGCUCUGUGGCUGAGUGCCCCAGCAGCAAGGAGGGCAAGCGCUCCGAUCAGCCAGAGCGCAGCCGCUGGUUCCACGGGGAGGUGGCAACUGGUGAGAAGAGACCACAUCUUUGCUGCAAGUUGGCAUGGAGUGCGUGGUACAAUCGUGUCUUCCAGCUUUGCACCGAGGAGCUAAGGCCUUUGGAAUCCGAUGUGUGCUGUCGAGUCGGAGAGGAGGAGCAAAAAGUGGGGGUGCACAUCAAGCAAGCAAAAGGCCUCGGGUUCCAGAAGGUGGGGAUACGUGAGUGGCAUGCAAAGCUCUUUGGCAAGAGCCGCCCUAUCUUCAAGCUGAGCGACGUCACAGGUGGAACGGACUACGAUGGGUCACCAGUGAGUGCUCCUAUUGUGCAGCACUUUCUGGAGAAGAGGCUCCAAGCUGGUCUCCUACAAGUGGCCUCAGGAGUCGAUGGAGCCGAUGCCGUGCCAGGGGAAGAUACUGCUUUGCUGUGUUCUCAGCAUUUCCAGGACUUGGAUCAAGGCGAUUGCCGUUUGCGCACCCAACGCCCCGAUGAAUGCUGCUGUCUCGAGGCCACCGUCCAAGAAGCCCGGCGCUGUUUGCCCGUCCCCAGCGGUGCGUCGUCCUUUGUGGGGCCGCUGCUGGUGAAUGGCACGUACACGGAGACCAAGCUACAUGACUUGGAUGCGGGGAGCAUCGCAUGGCCUUCCAGUCCAGAGGAGAUGGAUAAGGAGCUGCCGGAGAAAGUGAUCUCCAAGGACCCGAAGGCGCCCGAGCAGAUCGAAUAUGAUUGGGCACCAGGUGGCUAUCAGUGGGAAGCCAAAUGCCUGGGCAACCAGACGGUGAGUUACGUCACAUCGGAGAAGAAGAGCAAACGGGUGCGCAGUGGAACCAGCUUCCGGCACAUCGGGCAGGUCACGCAAUCAGUGCCAGUCUAUACAACGAAGCGCUGGACAGAAUACAAUCAGGAGCACAAAGAGGAGUGCAUCUCUUACGAGUACACUCGCAUUUGUCCGGCAAAUCUUGGCCUCUAUGUGAAACAAUACCCGCCCGGGAUUUGUACCAAGGUGCCAGGUAAGUCCAAUGAUGACCAGUUGCAAUUGAUGGACCUCGGGGCCCUGACCUAUCAGUGCCCGGAAGGCUAUCAGAGCGGCACGGAGGGUGGCAUGAAAUUCGAUCCCCACUGCAGCUGCACCUCCGACGAGGAGGAGGGCAGCAAGACAUCCUGCACCUAGGGGAGCACCCCACUGAAAGCUAACAUAGAUCGUGAAAACCACUGGUGCAGCUAGAGGAAAGCGGUGUUUGAGGGUGCUAUUCUCUCGUGGUCCAUGUGAGUCAGAGACAAAGCUAUCGUCAUGUAGUUGUAACUGGG